AUGUAUUUGCAGGAAACUACAACAACGCGUCGCAAUGGCAAACCCCAGUCCUGCGAACCAUGUCGCAAAUCAAAACUAAAAUGCGAUCAUACUCGCCCUGUGUGCGGCCGGUGCGCCGCAAGGAAUAUGACUCAAAGCUGCUUCUACCAUCCGUCGCCUAUGACCAAAAAACCAAUUCAUGAUCCGACCCGUGGUAACACGUUAUAUAACUAUAGAAUCGAAAAGCUGGCCAGUCCAAAAAGUCCUAGCGGUUCAAGUCCGGCUCUCAGUGGGCGUCUAGCACCUAUUUCAUCAGAAGCAUCACCAAGUCUGGAAGUGUCAACUUCACCAGGAUAUCUUGGUUCAACCAGUUUUUCGGCGGUGCUUUCGGAACAUCAAAAAGAAAUACCUGCUGACGCUGACACCGCGUCUGGAACGGCAACGAUUCUGACAAGAGUCGAGCCAGACCCGGAUCGAGCACAGUCAGCCUUCCGGAUGCUGGCCUUGCUUUACAACUUGAAGUUCUUCGAUUCGGUCAUCAAUCGACUCUAUGCUGACAAAUGUUACAGGGUUCUGCCCCCUUAUAUCGUCGAUAAGGCUCUAUAUGAAACGCGACAAGUAUACGAUGGCUUUGAACCUGCUCAUAUUGAAAGCCGGAUAAGAGAUUUUGCUCUGCAAAUAUUUCGUAACUCGUCUCGGCCAAUGCCAAGAUCCAAAACAAUGACAGUAGACCAGUACAUUGACACAUUCACCGGACAUAACACUCGUUGGGAGACAAUCGCUCUGAUUUUAGCCCAAGCGGGCGUUGGCUUGCUUUCACUUACUGAACAGGAUCCGCUGUUUACAGAUUUCAGGCUCGGUGGGGACGCGAAGAGUAACGCUGAGGUUAAAGAAAAGCUAGUAUUACAAGUUUCGGACGCAACUACAAAUUGCUUGAUGUUUUGUGACCAUGCUGCAUCUUCGAACGAGAUCCUUGCCUUUGCGCAACAUGCCGAUGUGAUAAUGAAAACGCAGCAGUACGGAGAUUCUAGCUAUCAAGCAUGGCGUCGACUGAGCGAUCUGGCAGCUACAGUCUAUGCGUCUGGCUUACAUCAGGUAGAUGGUCCUGCAGACGAGAACUGUCCUUUAUUCCUUAAACAGAUACGUAGAGGCUGCUUUGCUGCUGCAUUUCAUACCGACAAAUGUGUUGCGACAUUUGUGGGACGGCCGCCUUUGAUCAAUUAUCGAUAUUGUUCUCUUACACUCCCGUACGAUGUUGAUGAUGACGUACUGUUUUCCGCUGGUGAUGUCGAAAAAGAAGUUCUCUCACGGGUCGAUGUAAAUGGUUGGGACAAAAACGGAGUCGCACGUCGUCCAGGCCUCUAUCGUAUCAGACUGCAAUUGGCCAUCUGUCGUGAAGAGAUCCUCGAGCUCGCGCUUGGUGAAAGUUAUCAGCGCGACAUGCCUCGCAAAGCAGAGCAGAUAUUGGAACGUGCACAGAAGGCAUGGAGAGAAUGUCCACCGCAUCUCCGGUAUGACUGUUUAUCGCCAGAAGAUUUAGCUUCUCCUUCAUACGACGGGUUCCAGGUAGUCUUCGUGCUAUACGUUGACUACCUACACAGUCACUUCCUACUUCACCGAGCCGUGGUUAAGCAUACUAAUGUAGGCCAUGUGCCUUUGUUUGACACUGCAAGACAACUGCUCUCGACUGUUCUUCGGAUCUGCAACGACCGUGAGGCCAAGCUAGACCGAAGCAAGCAAGCCUCUUGGGUGAUGCUUUAUUAUGGCCUUCCGAGUGCGUGUGUGCUUGCCUUCGAGAUCCUGCGUCAGAAUCAGAGCCCAGGCCCUCAUCCAGUCAUCCUUCCACGAUCGGAAAUCAUUCGUAACUUGAGUGUUUUUGUGUCGUGCUUGUCAUGGGUAGCAAGUCCAAGUCCUAGUCACGGAAAUUAUGCGGCCUGCAAGGAAGUCGAGAAAAAGCUAUCACGGAUAUUGGAUCAAAUACUCGAACCUCUUCCGACUGUAGCUCCUCAUGAGGAUCUUAGCUUUGUUGAGAAUGUUGCUUCUGGGUUGGAGCCAUACUUGGAUUGGAAUCAAUUCAAUUCGUAUGACUUUAAUUCCGAUUACUUCUCACUAUAG